AUAUGCAAGAAUUGAAAUUAAUUGGGAAAGAAUGUCCAAUAGCUAGAGGAGGAUGCAAUUUUAUGUAAUAUGAUAAAGGGAAGUACAUAGUAGUAGGAGGAGUAAAUAGAUCAGAGAAUGGUUUGUAAGAAUUAAAUGAUUUUUGGACAUUACAUUUACCUCUAAAGGAUGGGAAUUUGGCAGGGAUAUGGAAAGAAUUGAUAAUAGAAAAUUAAUAGCUGUAUACAUCAAGAUCAAGUUAGGCUGCAUGUAUUAGUGAUGAUAAAAUGGUUUAUAUUUAUGGAGGUUAGAAAUUCUUAGAAUCACAAUCUACAGACGAAUUUUAUAGGAUUGAUACAGUUUAAAAGGUGUUGAGCAUAGUGAAAUCAAAGAAUAAACCUAAAGCUAGAAAUUCCCAUACUUUAACUUAUUAUAAGGAAAGGUUGUAUUUAUUUGGAGGUGCAAAUGAUAAUGGGCCUUUGAAUGACUUACAUAUUUAUGAUAUUAGUAUAAAAUGAACUCUUAUAUUAGAAAGUGAAAUAUGGAACUAAGUUUAAGAUGUUUCAGAGUUAAUAAUCGCUAGAGAGAUGCAUACUGCUCAUAUUUUAUAAAUCAAGUUAAAACCAUUAAAAAAGAGUGUUGAUAAUAAUCAAACCUAAAAAUUAGUUGGCAUUUUUUAAGAAUUACAAGGCUAAGAAUAAAAAGUAGAAUAAAUCUAAUCAAUUAAAAUUACAGAUUAAAUCAUCGAAUAGAAUAAUAAUAAUAAUAAUGAAAUUCUUUAAUAGCAAUAGUAAGAAGAAGGAUUAGAAAAUAGUAAAUAAGAUUAUCUUGUAAUAUUGGGAGGUCGGAAUAAAAAUGACAUCUUAUAAGAUGUAUAAGCGAUUAAUUUAUAGACAUUUGAAGUAGAAUAAAUAGAAAAUCUACCAACAUAAUUAUGUGCACAUACUUCUGUGUAAGUUAAAUAAGAUAUUUAUAUUUUUGGAGGAUGUGAUGGUGGUUCAUUAAAUUCAAAUAUCUAUUAGUUAAAGGAUUAAACAAUUAAUAUCGCAGGAACAAUAUAAACUGCUAUUAUGGCUAGUAGUGCAUUAUAUUCGGAAGAGUUAAAUAAAAUCAUAAUAUUUGGAGGUUGUACAUUAGAUAGAGAUUUAAAUUAGACAUACAUUGUUAAAAUUUGA